CGUGCAGCCACCUCCUCCACCCUACAGAAUUCACUUACAGCGUCACGUUUUACUUACAGAAUUUCGACCCCCGUAUACACGCCGACCCAGAAGGUAUUGCAAUCAAUGACAUGUUGUGAUACAAAAUGAAAUUCAACAAAGAUACAGCAAUUUCUACUGACCAAAUUCUCUUGGUCCCCUAUGAUAAGCACCAUGUUGUCACUUACCACCGAUGGAUGGAGGAUCCCGCAAUCCAAGAGGCGACUGCCUCAGAGCCCCUGACUCUCGAGGAGGAAUAUGAGAACCAACAGUCCUGGCGGGACUCGCACGACAAACUCACAUUUAUCCUCUGUCAGCCAGCAAAAGCGGAAGAAAACAAGAUGGAAGCGGGACAAUGCGACUCGCCUGAUAGGAUGAUUGGAGAUAUCAACUUCUUCCUGUACCCAUGGGAUGAAGGCGAAGAAGACGAUCAACAAACGACCAACCCAGAGAAGGCAGAAUACGUCGGCGAGAUCGACGUCAUGGUGGCCGACACGUCCCAGCGCGGCAAGGGCAUUGGAAAAGCGGCCGUGGACGCUUUCAUGCACUACAUCUGCUGCAACCAAAAGCCAAUUCUCCAAGAGCACCACGGCGUUACGGGCGAGCCGAGCCUGCGCAAGUUCAUGGUCAAGAUCAAGGCUGACAACCGGGCGAGCAUCGCACUGUUCAGGGGUGUUGGCUUUCAACAAGACGGCGAUGUUGACUACUUUGGCGAGGUCAAGAUGGUCCUAGAUGAUUUCGGUGGUGUUGCUAGCAAAGCGGUACCUGGAUUCCGCGAGCUGACAUAUUGUCGCACUUUGGCACUAGGUGGAAGCACUUAAAAGUAGCGGCUUGUGAAAGAAACUAAUGUUCCUAAACACGUCCUCUUGAGUGGACGAUUAAUUCUAUUCUAUUUCUUAAUGUCAUGAACCACGCUCAGAAGUCAAUACCCAAACCCGCUAAGUGCCAAAGUGGGAGAAACCCAAAACCCU